AUAGUCAAAUUCAUAACCGCCCAUGGAGCAUAAAUCUCCACUACUAAAUCCAUUCGUCCAUGCACACGUUUGGCAUGCAUGGACGCAUGAUGCAUUCAUGAUCCAUCCAUUUGCCCUCUCCCCUCCCCUCCCCUCUCCAUUUCUUCAACACCAACCACCUUCUUCUACCGUCGUCUCUAUCACGCCAAGAAGAAGCACACCACCGGGAGGCUAGUAGGAUACCGUUGCUCCAUCCCAAGAAGCCCACCAAUAAUUUCUUGAUUCGUUAGCUAGCUUAGCUAGCUGGUGUCUUUGGUCUUGCUGAAGGGCGUACAUGGGGCAGGAAGAAGAAGCGUUGCCGCCGGCCGCCGUGGCUUUCUCUUGGGAGAACGAUCGGGGCGGGCCCGCCAUGGAAGGCCGCGGCAUGCCGGGGAGCCUCAAGAAGGCGCCAGCCACAGUGUUCUUGUCAUGGGAGAACGAUCCGGCCGCCACGAAGCCGACAGUGAAACCGCGCGGCGUGCCGGAGAACCCGAGUAAGGCGCCGGCGCGGCUGCUGUCUGUUCCGCCGCCGCCAGGUCGGCCGGCCGCGAGGGGGGUCUCCCGCGCCGUGCGGCCCGAGGACGACCCGUUCCUGGCGGCGUACCUGGCCUGCACCAAGAGCACCGGCCGCGGCGACGGCGGGAAGAAGAGGACGAGCGGUGUGCGGGAGCAAGAGAAGGGCCAGAGGCGGUUCUCGUGGGGGCUCGGUCGUCUGUCCUGCAAGAGGGACGACGGCGCCGUGGUGCAGGGCAUGGUGAGGGUGGCUAAGCUCCCUGAGGUGGAUCCUAGGGAUGCUUGAUUGAUUUGAUUCUCUCUUAAUCGAUCAUCAUCUUCUUCUUAAUUUCGUAUGGUUUGUAGUAGUGCGUGCUGUUGGUUAAGGUUGAUCAAUCUUGUGACGAACUUUGUGAUUAGGAGAGCUAGAAAGUUUAAUCCAGAGAGAGAAAGAACACUCUGUGUCUUCUGGAUUCAGAAUAUGUUAGUUCUGCAGCUGAUUUGCAGCAGCAAUCUUCAUCUUUCUAUCUUCUGGAAUCAGAUUAUGUAUUUUCUUUCUAUGCAUCAUCUUUCUUCUUCUGUGAUAGACAAAUUGAUUACCAUGACAAUGACUCUGUCGACUUUCAGUCAGUGUUAACUUGACACGGACAGAGGUUGACCGAGACUUGGAACA